AUGCCAGCCGUCAUGACGAGCGCGAGGACCGCAGCCGGCGGGGCCGAUGUAAGCGUGGCCGACAGCCCCCUGGCCACGUUCGAGUCGCUCACCCAAGCCGCUGUUAUUGCUGUCAUGGGAAUCGCCAUCGUCGUCUCCAACCUUCUAAUCAUCGCUGCCUUUUUGAACUUCAAAGGACUCUCGAACGAAGUGAUCAACUACUACCUCCUAUCGCUGGCAGUCGCCGACCUACUCUGUGGACUCUUCGUGGUGCCGCUCUCCGUAUACCCGGCUAUAACCGGGCGAUGGAUGUUUGGGGACCUCAUGUGCCGCUUGGCCGGCUAUGUCGAGGUCACCCUCUGGUCCGUCUCAGUCUACACUUUCAUGUGGAUAUCGGUGGAUCGCUAUCUAGCGGUCCGAAAACCUCUCCGUUAUGAGACGGUACAAACUCGCACACGGAGUCAAUGCUGGAUGGUUUUCACCUGGAUCUCCGCUGCUAUGCUCUGCUGCCCGCCUUUGCUCGGCUACAAGAAAGAAGCUAAUUUUGACAAGGAAACCUUUAUUUGCAUGCUAGACUGGGGCACCACCUACGCCUACACUGCAACGCUUGGUAUUCUCGUCCUCGGUCCCAGCGUCAUCUCAAUCGUUUACAACUAUUUCUACAUCUUCUCCAUGAAGAGAAAACUUAACAGUGGCGCACCAAUCCACGACAAAGAGUAUGCGACGGCGUUAGCUGAGAAUCUAGCCAACCCGAGCCACUGGAUGAGCUUCGUCUUAGUUUCCGCCUUCUGGUUAUCCUGGACACCGUACGUUGGUGUCAAACUUUAUGAAUACUUCACGGAUCAGGAGAUAAAGAUUCCAAUGUUACAUUUCGGUGUCGUUUGGCUGGGAAUACUCAAUUCGUUUUGGAAAAUCGUCAUUCUCAUUUCACUUAGCCCCCAAUUUAGGUUGGCUUUGAGAAUAUUAUGCUUGACAGCUUGCUGCCGUACAAAGGGACGGCUUCAAGCUGAGCUAAUUGGAAUGGAUAAUGACGAUUGA